AUGCGAAGUGUUAAUUAUCAUAGAUGUGGUCAUUUCGCAAGAGAUUGUAAUGGGAAACUAAGGGAAAAUCAAAGUGAUGAGGCUAAGGUUGCUCGACAGGAGGUGGAUGAUGAUAACACGGUUCUGGUGAUGAUCACUGAGGAGAAUUAUGGCAGUAAUCAGUUGCUAGACAGCAGCUGCAACAUUCGAGAUGGAGUCCAAGGAAGUGAUGAGUGGUACUUGGAUUAUGGUUUUCCAACACAUAUGACAUGUAGAAAGGACUUGUUUGUCGAAAUCAAUCAAGCCACGAAGAAUAAGGUGAAAGUCGCAGACGAUACCACUUUAGUGGCCGACGGGGUCAAUGAUGUUUUGAUCAUGAGAAGGGAUGGUGGACCUUCCUUGAUCAAAGAUGUGAUUUAUAUUCUUGGAAUUAAAUGUAAUCUCUUGAGUAUUGGUCAAUUGCUUGAGAAGGAUUACAUUAUUCGCAUGGAAAAUAAGAUUUUACGCAUUUUGGACCGAAACAAGGUUUUAGUCCUUAAAGCACCUAUGACUUCCGAUAGGACUUUCAAGAUAGAGUUUGGUAGUGAUGGAGCAUAG